AUGUUCGGCACAACCACAAACUCGAAGCCCACGGUCAUUUUCGUGACAGGAGCAUGGCACAAACCUCAUCUUUACGCAGGCCUUCUUGAGGAUCUCAGGAAGAUCAGCUUCCCUGUUGUAGCACCCUCCCUUCCAUCUGUCGGCGGAACUUGCGAAAAUUUUGAUGACGAUGUCCACGUCGUCCGCAAAGCCAUCGCCGAUGAGAUAUCUCAGGGACAUGAGAUUGUUAUGCUGAUGCACUCAUACGGUGGCCUGGUGGGCAGCGAAGCAGUCCAAGGCUAUUCGAAGCAAGAAGUGCCCAGAGGAGGCGGUGUGGUCAAGAUGAUCUACAUGGCUGCGUUUGCGCUCGAGGUUGGACGCAGUUUGAUGGACGCAUUGAACAACAAACCGCUACCAUGGUGGCAAUCGGCAAACGAGAAACAAUGGCAAGCCACGAACUCGACCUACGUCUUCUACAACGAUGUGGACCCCCAGAUGGCGGAAACGUGUGUUGGUCAGCUGGAUCUGCAAGCAAAAGGAAGCUUCGAAAGCAAGCAGACAUAUGCUGCAUGGAAGUACAUCGAUUCGACGUUCAUUGUCUGCUCACGUGACAAUGCGAUUCCGAAGGAGGCGCAGAUUGCCAUGGCAAAUCAACCUGGAGGCAGGUUUACGAUCGAAUAUCUGGAUGCUGGUCAUAGUCCGUUCUUGUCGGUACCGCAUCAAACGGUCGAAAUGGUUCGCAAGACAAUCUGGGAACCGGGGACCCGCUCAUAG